ACUUUGCCUUCUGAAAUUUGUUAAAACCAGCGGUGUUCCCAAGGAUGGAGCAUUACUAGCACACCACUAAACUGAGCAGGAAAUCGUGAUGAAAACCAGAUCCAAUGCCCUCUAAAUAGGUAAAGUCUCACAGUAUGAAAUACAUAAAAAACAAGCUUUAGAAUUAAUGAUGCUUCCAAGAAUUGUUACUCUAGUGUGGCAGGUAGUUAAGUACAUAGUAUUUAUUUUCCCGUUGUUACCGAUGUUUAAUAAAGUUACCAAUCUUGCAAGUGUUCCCAAACUCUGCUUAAGUCCCUACUUUCGCUACAGACCACAGGGAGCACACGCUGUGGCUGUAACAAGCAGCUGUACCCGGCGCAGCCUGCCCGCUACCUGUGGCCACUCGCAGGGCCGCUCUUCAGAGCUGCGCCCGUUCCGUGGGCAGAGCGGCGGCAGCCCCGGGGCACAGCCCAUCACCAAGCUUCUAGGCUGCUCUACCUUCAGAGACCACCUCCAGACCCAGACCCUCCGAGAUCAGCCGCCCCAAACGUUAUGGGUCCCACGGAUCUCCCACCCCACCCCAGGCACCUCAGCGAAGUCUCGCGAGAGCUCGGUUCCACUUCCGUUCUUGCGGCGCUUUUCUCCGUUCUCGCGAGCACCGCCCCUUCUCUUUGCUGUCUCGCACGGCAGGAAGAUGCCUUCCAGGCUAAGGAAGACCCGGAAGCUGAGGGGACAUGUUAGCCACGGCCACGGCCGCGUUGGCAAACAUAGGAAACAUCCUGGAGGACGUGGUAAUGCUGGUGGUAUGCACCACCACAGGAUUAACUUUGACAAAUAUCACCCUGGUUACUUUGGAAAAGUAGGCAUGAGGCACUAUCACUUGAAGAGAAACCAAAAGUUCUGUCCUACUGUCAAUUUGGAUAAACUAUGGACACUGGUUAGUGAACAGACAAGGCUCAAUUAUGCCAAAAAUGAGGCUGGACUGGCCCCAGUCAUUGAUGUUGUGCGCUCGGGCUACUACAAAGUCCUGGGCAAAGGGAAGCUGCCCAAGCAGCCUGUGAUUGUAAAAGCAAAGUUCUUCAGUAGAAGAGCAGAGGAGAAGAUCAAAGAAGUUGGUGGUGCCUGUGUGCUUGUUGCAUAAAAGCCUUUGUUUUAUUCAGAUUUUUUGAAUAAAGACAAUGUGUAAAAUGCACUGAUGUA